AUGUCGACGCCGUCGCAUGCGGAAUCUCGCACGGACAGUACAGUCCUGACGCUCUUUGGUAACCCGUCGAAUCCAAAGCAGCUCUUUUCGAGCUUGCAAAAGUCUGUCAAGGUUCCAUUAUCUUCCGAGAGCCCCGAAGCGGCACAAUAUGUUGAGGUGCAGGCACCGCUGCGUGAUGUUGUUUUACCCAAUGGUAUCACUACUACCAAGGUCACGCCAACCAAUCUCGAGACCGAAACUAAGCAGCCUAAGAGGACCUUCCGUGAGGUUUUUGCUCCUCGUUCGGGGUUGCCCCAGCUAGAGCCUCCGCGCAGAGCUCGGUCGUCAUCCCGCAGCACGUGGAUCGACACCUUCGACGCUAUGACCAACUACAAAUCGUUCCCCGGGGAGCGGAAUAAUUACUGCCUUGCACCUUUGCCCUCUGGUCAAUGGUUACAGUACGGUGGUGUUACUUCCUCUCCUUCGUAUUGGAAUCGCAAGCAAAAACAACAGGAUGAAAAUGAUGCCGUUUACAGACCCUAUGAGGAGCCUUCGCUGGCAAGAGAGGAAUCGCCCUCUCUGCUGCAGGGCGUCUAUUCAUCAUUUGCCCCUUCUUUUGAUAGCUCUGGAGCUGUUGUGCAGGCAGACUCCAAAGACCUAGUUUGGUGGGGCAAGCGAGGAACAAAAAGACUAGAAACCUUGCUUUCAAUUCCUUACGAGGGACAAGAAACUGAGGUAACGCCCACAGAACAGCCUGGAAACAUUGGCGAACUCGACGAACAGACUCUGGACGAAAUGGUCAAGUCGUUCAAAUCCGAAGACUUUGCCGACAAUGUCACAUCUUCGUCAGAAGAAGAAAAGAAAGAGAACGAAGAGACCAAAGAGUUGAACGCAUUACUACGUGAUGUUUCCGAGUUGCUGGAGACGCUCAGUUCGUAUCAAAAGGUUCGCAAUUUGGAUAUAUCAGCUCAAGGCCAAGAUACAUCGUCAGAACAGAGCGAUCCAAACACACCAUCCGUCCCAGAGAGGACCGUCUACGAGACGUUGAAAUCGAGCUUAGCCGCACUCGUUGCAAAUUUGCCGCCGUAUGCAGUUGCUAAGUUAGAUGGUGACCAACUGGCGGAACUGAACAUCAGCCAGAAGGUUUUGAUCGAGAACCAGGACUACCACGGCACAAUGCAAAAGGACGACUACAGCCUCCAACAGGAGCGCCUCGCCGCACUGGCAUCGAACGUUGGCAGUACAAACCGGACUUCGACGCCGACUGCAGCGCCUGUUGGUCGUCCAAGGACCAUGCAAGGAUAUAACCGUGUAGUCGCCCCUACUGCUCAAGGCUACGCCACGCCACAAGCCUAUUACGGUGCCAGACAACCUUCCACGCCGGGAGGAUACGCACCAGCACAAUACGCAGGAGCCCGCCCACCUAGUACCCCAUCGCAACGGCCAGGUUACCUUCCGCAAUAUUCCCAGACAGGGACUCCGCAGAAUGUCUCACAGAUUCCGCGACAAGGAUCGAACGGGUAUCCUAUUACAGCACAGCAAGCGGCUGCUCAAGCCUCCCCACAACCCUACACACCUCGCGCCCCACAACCAGGAGCGUACAACGCCCCGUACGCCUCAAGUCGAACUGCAUCCCCUCAGAAGCCGGCACAGUAUAACACUCCCCAACCGCGAACUUCAUACGUGGCUCCGCAACAGCAACAACAGCAGCGAUAUCCACCCCAGCAACAACAAUACGCUAGUACGCCACAGUCCAGCGGUUACUCGAACUCUGCAGCUGUCGUUACAUAUGCGCGAAGUGCUGCUGAGCAAGCAGCUUUGAUGGACCGCAACAAGGCACAGCUAGCUCAGCAGCAACAACACCAGCAGUCGACGACGCCUGGCGCUGCUUCUGCUUCUGGUUCGCAGGAUCGGAGCAUGACACCGGGGAGUAAACCAAAUGGGACACCAGUGCCGUCAUGA